GCCACAGAUAAUUGAUAAUUCAUAAUUUAUUCACAGGCCAAAGUCUCUUCUAAUACUAUUUCAUGUCAUCGUCCAGACUCCAGCCUAUAGGGACCUUUACUGCUAUUCAAGCUCUCGGAUUCUCCGUCUUUGCUCACCAACACCGUCGUCACCAUGAACUGGUCCGCCAUUGUUGAAAGCGACUCAAUAUCUUCCUCCACCAAUGGCUACGCCCUUCUGCUUCGCGCUCUCUCUUUUAUCCCUCUUUCCCACUACUUGCUCGCCUCUCUCGUCGCCUCGCUGGUUUUUCUCUACAAUUUCCUCGAAUUUCACCUCUUCGAAGACGCUUUAACCGCCUUUCGAGGCUCUCCCAUUACUUUGACCUACAACUCAUCCGCUCAUAUCUAUAAUGGCGUCGUUUCCAAGUGCCGGAUUCUCCAUGGCAGAUAUUUAGCUACGCCAUGGCUGUCUAGUCCUCAUAUUCAGACAUGUUUUCUCAAUUUCUUUGGAAGGCCACCCAUCUUUAGCUACAAAAGAGAGCUCUUCACCGCUGCUGAUGGUGGGACGAUUGCCUUGGACUGGCUAAGGAGUUCUGAUGUUCCUGAUGGUGGGUUUCACAUAAAUAAUGCUACUUCUGACAAUGACACAACUCCGAUUGUGGUGGUAAUUCCUGGUUUAACCAGUGACUCCACGUCUGCUUAUCUAAAGCACCUCGCUUUUAGUAUAGCAAAAAGUGGAUGGAAUGUAGUUGUCAGCAACCACAGAGGUCUGGGUGGCGUUUCAAUUACUUCUGAUUGCUUUUACAAUGCUGGAUGGACAGAAGAUUUACGCAUAAUUAUCAAUCAUCUUCAUAAUAAAUACUCGAAAGCUCCUUUAUUUACAGUUGGAACUAGCAUUGGGGCCAAUGUUCUGGUAAAGUAUCUUGGUGAGGAUGGUGAUAAUGUUCCUGUUGCUGGAGCUGUGGCUAUCUGCUCCCCUUGGGACCUUUUGAUUGGUGACAGAUUUAUACGUCGUAGGUUCGUGCAAAAGUUUUAUGACAGAGCGCUUACCAUUGGCCUUCAAGGCUACGCAAAAUUACAUGAGCUUCACUAUUCUCGUCUUGCUAACUGGGAAGGCAUUAAAAAGUCACGGACUAUUCGAGAUUUUGAUGACCACGCUACCCGCCUUGUUGGAAAAUUUGAGACUGUAGAUACAUACUACCGGCGCUGUAGCAGUGCUGGUUAUGUGGGCAAUGUUUCAAUCCCACUUCUCUGUGUCAGUGCUUUGGAUGAUCCUGUCUGUACCAGGGAGGCCAUUCCAUGGGAUGAAUGCAGGACAAAUAAAAAUGUGGUAUUGGCUACAACAAAGCAUGGAGGACAUCUUGCAUUUUUUGAAGGGAUAACUGCAACUCGCUUGUGGUGGGUAAGGGCAACUGGUGAAUUUUUAAGGGUUCUACAUUCUAGCCAAUAUAUGCAUGUACAAAACAAGAUCAUGAAUAGUGGCCCCAAGUCUCCAUUGGACUCUACAAUUGAUCAGGGGCCCUUUGUAAGUGUUGUGGAGGAUGGUAUGGUGGCUGCAGUGGGAAAUGAACAAACACGCGAUAAUUUGGUGGAAGAAUUUUCAAAAACUCAGAAGAGUCAUUGUGAAAAUACUGACACUGUUUCUGUUGCAGACCAAGAUGAACCGGGCUCCCAACCAGAGUCUGGUUUUGUGUCAGUCAUAAAAGAGAUCUCCGGGCAAGCUACUAGCAUCCAGGAUGCAAAGCCACCUGAUACAACUCCAAUAAAGAGAUGCUUGGAUUUGUUGCGUAGGCAGAACAGGUUCUCAAUAUGGCUGCUUGCUUAUAUUGCUAUAGUUACGAGCUGGCCAUUGUUAGGUUCUGCCGUGCGAGUACUGUCCAGGAAGAAGCUCAGAAAUGUGUUACCUGCAGCGUUGUUCAGAAAAUAAUUCCAUGCUCUUAAAAUCCUUGUUGCCGUGCUCUCCUUAUAACUAAUCAUUCAUUCUCAUUCAGCAAUAUCGAUUACUGUAUUUAAGUAAUAUACUUGUUCAAAUAAGUCCUAUUCAUUUAUUAUCUUUUCUUUCCUUAAAAUUCCAAUGCUAGACAAGAAUAUAGUAGUACAAGUGUACACAAUAAUCGUCACAUUCCCAAGUUACUAGGAAGCCCUAUCAUGUCCAUGUACCAAUUGAUAUCAUAUGAUUCUAUAAUCUAUAAAUAUUAUAUGGUGAAUCCUUUCAAUUACUGGAUACUUGAUGUAAUGCAAAUAAUUAUUUAGAAAAAGAAUGUUGGCAGAUGUAGCCAAAUAUUAUACAUAUAUUCUUGUUUUGAUCUCCA